GCCGGGGCCAGCAUGGUGCCUAUUUCCUCUGCAGCACAACUGCACUCUUACCCCUAGCAAGAUUCCUUCAGGAGGGACAGCUCAAGAGAACCUGCUUUAUUCCCAGGAGUCGGCAACAUCGGAAUCUCCCCAGUUUCAGUUAGGUCAGCCGGACAGCAGAGGCCAGCACUAACCGGAGACUCUCGCAGUAUGUCAUCCACCGUAGAGCGAGAGGGUUAGAUGGGCUUUCGGGCGGUGCAUUAGACUGCAAAAUAAAGGUAAACAACGUGUUGCAAGGCAGGGAGGGCAACAGCGAGAGGUGGGUGGUGUGAGCGAUGCCGGGAGGUGACAGAGACAAGUGCAAAUAAAGGAGACGAAGCUGUCACGUUUAUCCAGCACACAUACAUGGCUGUUCGGCCAGUUGGUGUGUUAUGCAGUGAUGAGAUGUAGCCGGGGCUAUGGAAUAUGAUGAGAGACUUGCUCGCUUCCGCCAGGGCCUUGUCAACCCCUUCGACCGAGGAGAGGGGCCCCCCGAGGAGGGGCCCCUGCAGCAUGAGGUGAAGCCUGAGCUGUUCUCCUCCGAAGUGCCGGUGCACAGCAGCGACAGAACCAUGGACCUGGGGCUGGCCGAAGACCACUUCUCCCGGCCUUCGGGCUCGUUCGUGGCCUCGGACGUGGAGCAGCUGAAGCAGGCCAUCGAGGAGUGCAAGCAACUGAUCCUGGAGCUGCCCGAGCACUCAGAGCGGCAGAAGGACACCGUGGUGAAGCUCAUCCACCUCCGCCUCAAGCUGCAGGAGCUGAAGGAUCCUGAUGAGGAGGAGCCCAACCUGCGAGUGCUGCUGGAGCAUCGCUUCUCUAAGGAGAAGAGCAAGAGUGUGAAGCAGACCUGCGACAAGUGCAGCGCCAUCAUCUGGGGACUGAUCCAGACCUGGUACACCUGCACAGGUUGUUACUACCGUUGCCAUAGCAAAUGCCUGAACCUCAUCACCAAGCCCUGCGUGAGGUCAAAGGUCAGCCACCAGUCAGAGUACGAGCUGAACAUCUGCCCUGAGGUUGGGCUGGACAGCCAGGACUACAGGUGUGCGGAGUGUCGGGCACCAGUGUCCCUGAGAGGAGUCCCGAGCGAGGCCAGACAGUGUGACUACACUGGUCAGUAUUACUGUAGCAGCUGCCACUGGAACGACGCUGCGGUGGUCCCGGCACGCGUCAUUCACAACUGGGAGUUUGAGCCCAGGAAGGUGUGCCGCUCCUCCAUGAGGUACCUGAACCUGAUGAUCUCGAGGCCGGUUCUGAAGCUCCGAGAAAUCAACCCCCUGCUCUUCAACUUCGUGGAGGAGCUGGUGGAGAUCCGGAAGCUACGCCAGGACAUCUUGCUGAUGAAGCCCUAUUUCAUCACCUGCAAGGAGGCUAUGGAGGCAAGGCUUCUGCUACAGCUGCAAGACCGUCAGCACUUUGUGGAGAACAAUGACAUGUACUCCUUGCAGGACCUGAUUGAUAUUUCCACCGGUCGCCUCAGCUGCUCUUUAACUGAGAUCCACACCACCUUUGCCAAGCACAUCAAGCUGGACUGUGAGAGGUGCCAGGCCAAGGGCUUUGUGUGUGAGCUGUGUAAAGAGGGAGACGUGCUCUUUCCUUUCGACAGCCACACCUCAGUGUGCCACGACUGCUCCGCCGUCUUCCACAGGGACUGCUACUAUGACAAUUCCACCGCUUGCCCUCGAUGCACCAGGAUGUCCGAGCGGAAGCAGUCCAUUGAGCCGCCCACACCCAGGGAGGACUGACCACUGACCGCUCUGUGUCCACAUGGUCAGGUCAGUCUGCCUGUGGCCCCUCAGCACUUUUUCAAAGCCAGUGUGCCGCACACAGACUCCGUCUGGUUUCCCGUCAUGUCCCCCUCGGCCUUCUGUGCCCCUUAACUGAGGUCAGCCGCUGGGAGGGAGAGCCUGGGACACGAUCGAACACUGCAGGCGCCUGCCUUCGUCUCCACGCUAGGAAAAGAUCUGAUGUCCAGCACAGCGGCGGUCACUGGAACACUACAAGACUGUAGAACCCUGCAGGGCGUCCUGGAGGUGACCUUUGACACCUCUGUGUCCCGUUAUCUGCCUUCGGUCAUGAAAACAAAGCUUAUGUAAUGAGCAAAAAUGUUUUAAUUUACUGGUAAGUCUAGCAGGUUCACUACACUGCCUUUAACUACACGUGGGAACACACUAAUGCAUUAGUGCUACUUCACUUUACCUCUUGCAUGUGCUGUGUAUGCAUAUUUGUGAUCAGCCUUAGGGAAGCGUUCAGAACAAAGUUUUAAAAUUGACACACAAAAAACAUACAGAGCACAAUGGUGGGGGCACAUUAAACUGUGUGAAAACAAAUCACUGUAAAUAAUGCUAAUGAUGUUAUUAAGAGAAUGGGCAGCUCUUUUCUGUGGCUAUACACCAGCAACAGACUCCCAUCAUUUUUUCCUGCCAUCUUUUAUACUGAAGCAGAUUUGUGCACAUGUAGCGUACAGUAUAUACAGUAAUACACAGGAGCUAUAGAAUAUCUGUUGACCUGUUAGAACUUAACAUCUGAUGUCAGGAUGCAAAUUCACUGUUUUGCAAACACAAUAGCAAGGGACAGAGGAUAAAAGAUUUGUGAAGUAUUUGAGCAGAUCCUUAGCUGUGUCUGCAGUCUAGGUAUAUAAAUCAAAAUGUAGCAACCAUAAUAUAAAUGAAUGGAAAAGUUGUAAAACCUGGCAUUCAAAUUAUGGUUAAAGAUGCAGUUAUACAGUGUGGAAUAUUGACAUGCGCUUUAGAUGUAGCUCUCAAAAUCAACACUUAUUUGCUCUAUAUUCAAUUACUGGUAUAAAUGAGAUUAAUGCAAUUCUGUAUUUCUUUUCCUUCUAGGAUACACAGUACAGUGGCACACUAAAACAGGUCAUUUUGUUUUAAAAUAAUUUAGUGCUGUCUUGCAGUUCAGCAUGAACUUAUCAUUAAAUUGAAAAAUGAUUUAGAUUUAUCCAUGUAACAAUCUGUUAUACUUUUACAUUGCCUUAUGAAUCACUAUAUAGUCUAGUUAUGUACUGCCAAAACAUAAAACUCCUGUAUUGUCUGCCAUUACAAAACUGUGUACGUCAUGGACGAAUAAAAUACUGUGGAUGAAUAAAAUACUAACCGAUGGCA